UCUGCAGACUGCCGUCUGUACUUCAUCUCGGCCGUCGUGUAUGUCUGGAAGGAUUGUCUUCUGUAGGUUAGUGUUAAGGCUGCAGCGAAUCUGAAGCGCGCGCCAACGUUCUGACACUUAAGAUAUGGAGCGUCGUGCGGGCGGUAAUGGGAUCUGCUCUGACUCUCGCCGCCAGAUACUCUCCGGUUCCUUUCUGUUGGUGAUUUGCGUGUGCGGCUGGAUGUGGUUCAAAUCUGAACUACAGAUCGAUGGCUCAUGUCUAUUGUUCUCCUCCAUGGCGACUGCAUCAUCGCCUUCACGCUCGAAUCGCGCUUCCGCGGAGCAGCAGACCGAGUGGGGCUCGUCGUUGUCAUCGUCCUCACAUAUGCUGAGGCAUACUGUCGUUUUCCUGCGCAAGCGCAGCGACCGGUUGAAGGGGAUGGAGGUGGCGCAGCAGCAGCCGCACCAGCAGCAGGAGGCUGCGAAGGAGGAGGAGGAGGAGAGGAAGGAGAAGGAAGUGGAGAAGGAGAAGGAGAGGAGAUGGACGAUCUCAAGCUCGCACCUACCCACACAGGAGAAGGAGAGGAGAAUAGUGUUAGAAUCCACUACUCUUCUCAAUCUUGACAUCUUUAACGUGUCUUUGGUUGUGCGAUCGAACGUCGUUCUUGUCCAUAAACCUGAGCACCCGUUCAAUAUUGGCAUCAACGACUCGUAUGGCUACGACGCUUCGACAUCGGCGUCGAACUGGUGUGGAGCUGCAGUGAGAAACAUUGUGUUCGGAGAGCAGGGCACAAUCUUUUACUACAUACUCGACGAGCGAUGCCUGAGCAGCGAGUCUCCUCCACGUGUCACUCAGCGAUUGGUCUCUUACAGGCGGGCGAAUCUCCACCCUGUGGUGGCUGGCUCGAAUUUCCUCGCUGAUAGCCUGCUCAUCAGUUACUGGUGGGUAGGGUUUGACGACGACGGAGCGAGACCAAGUUCAUCCUCUCACACCAUUCUCUCUCCCGGGAGCAACACAUCGGAGCCGUUGAUGGCCAUGGUAUACGGGAUGGAUCUGACGGCGUCUGGGCAACAGCUGGUGCUGAGCGAGUCAGUGAAUGGCCCGCAGAAGUCGAGGAUAACCCUGCUGAACACGACGGGAGGGCAGAAAUUGUCUAUGUCCACCGACGCGGACAACCUGCAGGGCCUGGCUCUAAGUCCGAAGAAGAACCGCAUGUACGUUGCGGAUCUCAAGGCAACGAAAGACGACGUCGUGCGGAUAUUAUGUGCAGACGUGCCCGAUUCCUCUGCGCCUCCACCCUCCCUCUCCUUCGACACCGUCAUCAGCUUCAAAUCCGGUGUGGAGCCGCAGAUAGGCGACAUCUCCUUCGGUGCGCAGAGUUGGGAUCCCGAAGGACGAUGCCUGUAUUUCUUCGAUUACGGAGGAAGAAGGCUAUGGAGCCUCGUCGGUGCGAUCGACGGCGAUGGAGCCGCAGGGGGAGCAACCGUCACCCUCGUCGCAGGAUCCGGCGAGGAAGGAGGAGACGAUGGCAAGGCCCUCAAUGCAUCCUUCAACGGUCUGAAGGAUAUCGUGGUAACCCCGGACGGGUGCAAUCUCUUCGUCUCGCAGAUUGAUGGCCAUCUACGGUGGAUCAGUAUGGAUUUCCCGUGCAGCGGGGCCGAGCGAGUCAGGACCAUUGCCAGAUAUCAGGGGCAAAAUGCGUCAUACCGGGACAAAGGGUUCUGGGGCUUGGGAUUGGCAGACGGCGGGCAGCAUCUGAAUCUCUACGUCGGAUCCAACGAUGGGCAAGUCUUCCAGCUGCAGGUCAAUAAGUCGUCAUUACAUGCUUGCGUCGUCGCUGAGGCCUUCCGCAGUUCCCGACUUUCUUGCAACGUCGUCAUCGCAAUCGUACUUGGUAUUGUGGGUGCGUCCUUGUUCCUCAUCGGACUGCUGCUCUGUUUCUACAUGAGAAGAGCACGGCGGACAAGCAAAACACACUUGCCGCCGACACAGCCCUUCGUCGAGGCUCCGACUCCGCACACUUCGCCUCCGGCGGCAGCGGAUCGCGGUGAAGCUAAUGUGCCGUUGUCCUCUCAUCUAUCAGCAGAUUGGCCACCAGAGGAGAGCAGUGCCCUCCACCCUACCACCGUCCAAGAAUUCUCUCUCUCGGUCUUGUCAGAUAUCACUGACAACUUCAGUCAGAGCUGCAGGAUCGGCGACAGAGGGGCGUUCGGGGAGGUGUUCCGGGCCCAGAUGGAGGGACAACACGUGGCGAUGAAGGUGAUGACCGGGGAACUAACCCCGGGCAAGCGAAGGCAAUUCCGUGCGGAAGUCAACACUCUUAGCCGUCUUCAUCACGGCAAUCUCGUCGAACUGCUCGGGUAUUGUCAGGAAGGAACGCACUCCAUCUUGGUCUACCCCUUCUUCCCCGGAGGGAGCCUUCACGCCCGGCUGCAUCAUCACACAGCGGGCAGCAGAGCUUCUGCCACUUCCGGACACCCAUCGCCAGAUCCUCCCCUUCCUCCGCUAACGCUUGCUGAGCGGUUAUCCAUCACGUUGCAGAUCGCAGAGGGGCUUCGAUACCUUCAUCAUGGUGCCAACCCGCCUGUCAUUCACCGUGACAUCAAGAGCAGCAAUGUCCUCCUCGGCGAUGGCGAGGGAAACGAUCUUCGAGCUGUUCUUGCCGACUUCGGCCUGGCAAGGAUGAUGGAGAAGAUCUUCCAUGAGCAGCAGGAGAGCGCGGUAUCGAUCUCCGAUGUUGUCGGGACCUCAGGUUAUAUGGCGCCAGAGUACAUGAGAGAAGGCAAAUUGACAGAGAAGAAUGAUGUGUACGCGUUCGGAGUCGUCGUUUUCGAGAUGCUCACGGGAAGAAGGGCGGUUGUAAUCAACGCAGCUGCGCGCCAAGUGGAGUCUCUCAUUGAGUGGCUGGAAACGUUCUUCCGAAAUGCGAACGUCGAGCUGCCGGAUGCUGUCCUCGAGGCUUGCCUGCGUGAUGACGUGGCCAGCAGUUAUCCCACCAAAAAGAUGGUCAUGGAAAUGCUAUGGCUGGCGCGGGAGUGCACUCAAGAGCUCGAUUAUCUUAGACCGUCGAUGAACGCGGUAGGCGAGCGGAUUUCCCACCUCCUUUCCGAUGCCAUAACGCGAGGAGGGGCCCGAUUGACUUAUUGAUAGAUUGAUUGGCGUGCGCGCGUGAAACUCACAGAGAAAACUGUCCUCUGAGCAGCGGAAGACAGUUGUGGUGCUGACAGAUUCUCUCGCGGUCUCAUAGCAACGACAUAAUUCAUCG